CCUUUAAAAGGAGCAACCAAACAUCUGGCAAAUAUAGUAAAAGGGAUAUUCUGGUAGGACAUAUGCCUACCAUUAGUUCUGAAUACUGGUGAGGUUUUGAGGGCAAAAUGGCCGUGAUGAUUGGAAUCGCUUUCAGCAUUUCUUGGCUUUGUUGCCUGCUAAUUGGAGGGAUAACGUGUUCUACAUCAGAAGGUGAUUGGUCUCCUGCACUGGAUUCUAAUGCAGCAUGGCUCUAUGCAGGAUCACUUCGGUCUCUAGGAUAUGGCAAUUAUAAAUCUCAAAUGCAAGCGCAACAGAAACAUCCGGCCGCCAUCCUGCGGAAGGAACUGGCCCCCAUGUCCCAGCAACCUCAGCAAGUGUGGUAUCCAGUUCAAUUGCCCCUGCAUCAGAAGCAACUGGCCGCAGAAACUCAGCAGCAGAGGCAACCGACAACUGUGCCCCAGCAAGUGUGGCAUCAAGCUCACAUGCUGACACAACCACCGACCGCCGUGCCCCAGCAAGUGUGGCAUCAAGCUCACAUGCUGACGCAUAAGCAACCGACCGCCGUGCCCCAGCAAGUGUGGCAUCAAGCUCACAUGCUGACGCAUAAGCAACCGACCGCCGUGCCCCAGCAAGUGUGGCGUCCUGCUCAAAAGCCCCUGCAGCAGAAGCAACUGGCCGCAGAAGCUCAGCAGCAGAGGCAACCGACCGCCGUGCCCCAGCAAGUGUGGCAUCCUCCUCAAAUGCUCCUGCAGCAGAAGCAACCGACCGCCGUGCCCCAGCAAGUGUGGCAUCCUCCUCAAAUGCCCCUGCAGCAGAAGCAACCGACCGCCGUGCCCCAGCAAGUAUGGCAUCCUUCUCAAAUGCCCCUGCAAACAACCGCUGUGCCCCAGCAAGUGUGGCAUCCUCCUCAAAUGCCCCUGCUGCAUAAUCAACCGACCGCUGUGCCCCAGCAAGUGUGGCAUCCUGCUAAAAAGCCCCUGCAGCAGAAGCAACCGACCGCCGUGCCCCAGCAAGUGUGGCAUCAAGCUCACAUGCUGACGCAUAAGCAACCGACCGCUGUGCCCCAGCAAGUGUGGCAUCCUCCUCAAAUGCCCCUGCAGCAGAAGCAACCGACCACCGUGCCCCAGCAAGUGUGGCUUCCUCCUCAAUUGCCCCUGCAGCAGAAGCAACCGACCGCUGUGCCCCAGCAAGUAUGGCAUCCUUCUCAAAUGCCACUGCAAACAACCGCUGUGCCCCAGGAAGUGUGGCAUCCUCCUCAAAUGCCCCUGCAGCAUAUUCAACCGAUCGGCGUGCCCCAGCAAGUGUGGCUUCCUCCUCAAAUGCCCUUGCAGCAGAAGCAACCGAGCGCCGUGCCCCAGCAAGUGUGGCAUCCUCCUCAAAUGCCCCUGCAGCAGAAGCAACCGACCGCCGUGCCCCAGCAAGUGUGGCUUCCUCCUCAAAUGCCCUUGCAGCAGAAGCAACCGAGCGCCGUGCCCCAGCAAGUGUGGCUUCCUCCUCAAUUGCCCCUGCAGCAGAAGCAGCCGACCGCCGUGCCCCAGCAAGUGUGGCUUCCUCCUCAAUUGCCCCUGCAGCAGAAGCAACCGACCGCCGUGCCCCAGCAAGUGUGGCAUCCAGCUCAAAUGCAGCAGAAGCAACAGACCAACGUGCCCCAGCAAGUGUGGCAUCCAGCUCAAAUGCAGCAGAAGCAACCGACUGCCUUGCGCCAGCAAGUGUGGCAUCCUCCUCAAAUGGCCCUGCAGCAGAAGCAACUGACCACCGUGCCCCAGCAAGUGUGGCAUCCAGCUCAAAUGCAGCAGAAGCAACCGACUGCCGUGCCCCAGCAAGUGUGGCAUCCUCCUCAAAUGCCCCUGCAGCAUAAUCAACCGACCGCCGUGCCCCAGCAAGUGUGGCUUCCUCCUCAAAUGCCCCUGCAGCAGAAGCAACCGACCGCCGUGCCCCAGCAAGUGUGGCAUCCAGCUCAAAUGCAGCAGAAGCAACCGACUGCCGUGCCCCAGCAAGUGUGGCAUCCUCCUCAAAUGCCCCUGCAGCAUAAUCAACCGACCGCCGUGCCCCAGCAAGUGUGGCAUCCUCCUCAAAUGGCCCUGCAGCAGACGCAACCGACCGCCGUGCCCCAGCAAGUGUGGCAUCCUUCUCAAAUGCCCCUGCAGCAGAAGCAACUGACCACCGUGCCCCAGCAAGUGUGGCAUCCAGCUCAAAUGCAGCAGAAGCAACCGACCGUCGUGCCCCAGCAAGUGUGGCAUCCUCGUCAAAUGCCCCUGAGGCAGAAGCAAACGACCGACGUGCCCCAGCAAGUGUGGCAUCCUGCUCAGUUUCCCCAGCAGAAGCAACUGGCCCCUAUGCCUCUACUGCAGAAGGAACCAACCACCAUAACCCAGCAACCUCAGCAGGUGUGGCAUCCAGCUCAGUUUCCCCAGCAGAAGCAACUGGCCCCUAUGCCUCUACUGCAGAAGGAACCAACCACCAUAACCCAGCAACCUCAGCAGGUGUGGCAUCCAGCUAAAAUGUCCAAGAAUCGAACAGCCACUGAACCUCAGCAGAAGCCACCAUCCACCACGCCAGCUCAAAUUCCCCUGCAGCAGAAGCAACCGGCCACUGAACCUCAACAGAAGGAGCUGACCGCCAUGCCACAGAAGCUACAGGCCUCCAUUCUCCAGCAGCCUCCGCUCGUGUGGCAUCCAUCUCAAUUUUCCCCAGCAGAAGGAACUGCAGUCGAGCCCCAGCAGAAGAAGGAACUGGCAGUCGAGCCCCAGCAGCAGAAGGAACUGGCAGUCGAGCCCCAGCAGCAGAAGGAACUGGCAGUCGAGCCCCAGCAGCAGAAGGAACUGGCAGUCGAGCCCCAGCAGCAGAAGGAACUGGCAGUCGAGCCCCAGCAGCAGAAGGAACUGGCAGUCGAGCCCCAGCAGCAGAAGGAACUGGCAGUCGAGCCCCAGCAGCAGAAGGAACUGGCAGUCGAGCCCCAGCAGCAGAAGGAACUGGCAGUCGAGCCCCAGCAGCAGAAGGAACUGGCAGUCGAGCCCCAGCAGCAGAAGGAACUGGCAGUCGAGCCCCAGCAGCAGAAGGAACUGGCAGUCGAGCCCCAGCAGCAGAAGGAACUGGCAGUCGAGCCUCAGCAAGUGAGGUAUCCAGCUCAAAUGGCCCCAGCAGCUACCCAACCCCAUUCCUCAGCAAUUAUGGCAUGUAGGCCAAAUUUCCCAGCAGCAACUGGCCCCAUUGUCUCAGCAGAAGCACUACGAAAGAACUGAAGAUGAUGCCUCUGGUAGUUCUCAGGCCAGCAUUGAACAGUCAGGUGUCAUCCCAAUCUCUUCCUACAGUUCCAAAUCGCACUACAAGAAUGGCAGAACUAUCUUUUCACAAAUCAGCUACACUCCUAGGGAGGCAAUGCCUGUUGACAGUGGAAAUGCUCCCAAGGACGGUUAUGUUGGCAUUGGUGCACCAAGCAUAUAUCCAACACUAGUGAAGGAUUCUGCAAGGGAAAUAUAAUGGAUUCAUCCUCUAGAAGCUCUAAUGACCAGGAAGUUGCUGGUGCUCUUGCUACUCUAGUGUGAUGGAAUCAAUAAACAACUUACUUUAAAAAAUG